AUGGCAGGACCCACCCGGCCACGGCAGCUCCUGGUAGCAGCCUGGCUGUGUGUCUUAUGCACAGAGACCCACUCAAGCCAGCUGGUGGGGCCCAGCGACACGUCUGCAGCGAUAACCUGCAGUGUGUCCGCGGACGGGCGAUACACCACCUUCGACGGGCUCGGCUUCCGCUUCACGGGUCCGUGCACGUACAUCCUGGCUAAAGUGUGCGAUGGAGCCGGGAAGCUCGCGGACUUCACCGUGGAGGUGCGGAAUGACGUGGCAGAGAACGCCUCCUCCUCGCCGAUCCAGCAGGUGACUGUGGACAUGCAGGCAGUGAGGGUCACCUUCCUGAGAGGUCACAGACACAGGGCCAUGGUGAACGGGAUUUGGACGUCUCUCCCCCUGACUCUGGACGGAGACGCAGUAAGCAUCAGCACCCGAGGCUCGGCUACGGUGCUGCAGACGCACUUCAACCUUUCCGUUUCCUACGCCGCCUCGGGCGCGGUCCAGGUGACCGCCCCCGCGCCGUACGCCAGCGAGCUCUGCGGCCUGUGCAGCAACUCCGUCCGGUUGCCGAGCGACGGCUCCGCCUGGGCCCUGGGGUGGAGCCGGAGGAGCGUGUAUUGGCCGUGCGAAGAGCGCCCCCUGCCUGUGGCAUGUCCGGAGGCCGAGGGGGCAGUGUACAGGAGCCGGGCGCUGUGCGGGCUCCUGCUGGCCCGCCCUGGACCCUUUUCCCACUGCGCAGCCGCUCUGGGCGUGGCCGGCGUCUUCCGGAGCUGCGUGUCUGAGAUGUGCGCCACGCGCGGGGAUCCCCACACCUUCUGCAGGGUCCUGCAGGACUUUGCGAGCACCUGCAACCAGGCCGGAGUCCCUGUGACUGGCUGGAGGAACUCAACCUACUGCAGUCCUGACUGCGGGGCUCACGGCCACCUCAGCAUCUGCUCCGGCAACUGCCCUGCCGUGUGCUCGGGGGCGGACGCCCCAGAGGAUUGUGGGAACUGUGAGGAGAGGUGCGAAUGUGACGAGGGCUACCUGCUGAGCGGGGGCAGGUGUGUGCCCGCCGAGGACUGCGGGUGCUGGGCAGAUGGACAGCACUAUGAGAAAGGUCAAACCUUUAUGGAGGCUGACUGUGGGGCACAGUGCAUCUGUGUCGGCCACAGCAACAUCCAGUGCUCGGAGACCUCCUGCCUCGACGGCGAGGUCUGUGGGGUCAAGGAUGGGGUUGUGGGGUGCUUCCCUUCCAGCCCAGUGACCUGCAGCACCUACGGCGACCCCCACUACAUCACGUUCGACGGCAAGGCGUACUCCUUCCGGGGCACCUGCAACUACACAAUGGUGACGACGUGUGGUGGAGGCAAGGUGCCGUUCACGCUGACGGCCCGCAAUGAGAGACAUUUGGGCUCUGCCUCGUCGACGCUCAACUCGGUGGCACUAGCCGUGGACGGCCUUCAUCUGCUCAUUCGGAAAAACAAGCUGGUUUAUGUAAACGCAGGUGAAGUUUCUCUUCCUUAUUCACACAGCACGUCAAUCAACGUGUCCCGGAAGGACCCAUACGUGCAGGUGGACACGAACUUUGGCCUGCGGGUCCUGUUCGACGGAAACGAGCGCGUCUUCGUGCAGGUGGACGAGAGACACAAGGGCAGGAUCUGCGGGCUCUGCGGGACAUACUCUGGAAGCCAGUUUGAUGACUUCCUGACCCCCAACGGGACCAUAGUUCCAUACCCUCACGACUUUGCUAGCAGCUGGAACACUCAGGACAAGGACUGGACCUGUAGUGAUGGCCCCCCAGAUGACCCCCUGUGCCCCCCCGAGCUGGACAGAGAGGCGUACGAGGAGUGUAGCAAGCUGUUCGGCGAUACCUUCAAAGCCUGCCACUGGUUCGUGCCACCGCAGAUCUUCAUGAGCAGCUGCAUGCGGGACCACUGUAGCACGGCCGGGGACCGGACGCGGCUCUGCGCUUCCCUGCAGAGUUAUGUGGCAGCCUGUGAGGUGGCUGAGGUGUUUCUCGGAGACUGGUGGCAAGAGACCGUCUGUGCCAAUAUCUCCACUGUAGCGCCAACACCAAGCCCCACCACAUCAAGCCCCCCCACCGCAAGCCCCACUGCAGGUUGUCCGUGGAGCUGCGACUUUGACCAGGGUGAAUGUGGAUGGGAGCAGUUAAUCCAGGACAGCUUCAACUGGACGAGGUGGUCCGGGCCCACGCCCUCAGAAUACACAGGCCCAACCAGCGACCACACAACAGGAAGGGGGUUUUACAUAUACACAGAGGGUGACGGAGUCUAUCGUGGGGACUCAGCAAGGAUGAUGAGUCCAGUGUGUCACUCCUCGGGCCCCCAGUGCAUUAGCUUUUGGUACCACAUGUACGGAGCACUCGGAAUCGCACUCAACAUCUACCAGCUGGAAAUUAACCACGCUACCAAAAUCUGGUCCAGGGCUAAUAACCAUGGCGACCAGUGGCACCAUGCCCAGAUACAGAUCAACUCAGGAGGGCCAUUUCAGGUUAUUGUUGAAGGCAUCCGCGGUGUGGACGCUCGGUCAGAUGUGGGACUGGACGACGUUACAGUAACAAGAGGACUUUGCCCAAAACCUCAGCCACCCUCACCCUUUACAACGUCAGGUGGUCACUACUUGUACAUCGAGGGCGACAGUGCGACCCACGGGGACACGGCGCGUCUCCUUAGCGACGAAUGCUCUGUGCUCCAGCCCCAGUGCCUACAGUUCUGGUACCACAUGUACGGCUCCAGCUGGACCAUGGGCCUGACCGUCUACCUGCUGCACGGCAACGUGGCCCGGGAGAUCUGGAGAAGAAGAGAAGACCAGGGGAACACCUGGCAUCGCGCCCUGGUGGACUUCACCCCCCAACAUAACUUCAAGAUUUUGUUUGAGGGGCGCAGAGGCCAGAAUGCUGAGUCUGAUGUUGCCGUAGACGACGUCUCUCUCUACAGAGGACACUGUGCAGAUUUGAUAAACGAUGUGACACACACACCUAAUAAUGACUGGUUGCCUGAAACGACCCCAGUCAAAGGUCAAACCACAGUGGCUCCUGUGUGGAACACAGUUGAACCUGCUCAGACUGCAGCACCCAAACCUGUGAACACUACACGCUCAUCUGUGUGCACAGUCGCCUGUGAUUUCGACAACGACCUCUGCUCUUGGACUCAGCUAGUGACUGAUGUGUUUGAUUGGACGAGACAAAGUGGCUCCACCCCUACGGCGAUGACUGGCCCCUCCUCUGAUCACACGACAGGAAGUGGUCACUACUUGUACAUCGAGGGCGACAGUGCGACCCACGGGGACACGGCGCGUCUCCUUAGCGACGAAUGCUCUGUGCUCCAGCCCCAGUGCCUACAGUUCUGGUACCACAUGUACGGCUCCAGCUGGACCAUGGGCCUGACCGUCUACCUGCUGCACGGCAACGUGGCCCGGGAGAUCUGGAGAAAAAGAGAAGACCAGGGGAACACCUGGCAUCGCGCCCUGGUGGACUUCACCCCCCAACAUAACUUCAAGAUUUUGUUUGAGGGGCGCAGAGGCCAGAAUGCUGAGUCUGAUGUUGCCGUAGACGACGUCUCUCUCUACAGAGGACACUGUGCAGAUUUGAUACAUGAUGUGACACACACACCUAAUAAUGACUGGUUGCCUGAAACGACCCCAGUCAAAGGUCAAACCACAGUGGCUCCUGUGUGGAACACAGUUGAACCUGCUCAGACUGCAGCACCCAAACCUGUGAACACUACACGCUCAUCUGUGUGCACAGUCGCCUGUGAUUUCGACAACGACCUCUGCUCUUGGACCCAGCUAGUGACUGAUGUGUUUGAUUGGACGAGACAAAGUGGCUCCACCCCUACGGCGAUGACUGGCCCCUCCUCUGAUCACACGACAGGAAGUGGUCACUACUUGUACAUCGAGGGCGACAGUGCGACCCACGGGGACACGGCGCGUCUCCUUAGCGACGAAUGCUCUGUGCUCCAGCCCCAGUGCCUACAGUUCUGGUACCACAUGUACGGCUCCAGCUGGACCAUGGGCCUGACCGUCUACCUGCUGCACGGCAACGUGGCCCGGGAGAUCUGGAGAAGAAGAGAAGACCAGGGGAACACCUGGCAUCGCGCCCUGGUGGACUUCACCCCCCAACAUAACUUCAAGAUUUUGUUUGAGGGGCGCAGAGGCCAGAAUGCUGAGUCUGAUGUUGCCGUAGACGACGUCUCUCUCUACAGAGGACACUGUGCAGUCGCCUGUGAUUUCGACAACGACCUCUGCUCUUGGACUCAGCUAGUGACUGAUGUGUUUGAUUGGACGAGACAAAGUGGCUCCACCCCUACGGCGAUGACUGGCCCCUCCUCUGAUCACACGACAGGAAGUGGUCACUACUUGUACAUCGAGGGCGACAGUGCGACCCACGGGGACACGGCGCGUCUCCUUAGCGACGAAUGCUCUGUGCUCCAGCCCCAGUGCCUACAGUUCUGGUACCACAUGUACGGCUCCAGCUGGACCAUGGGCCUGACCGUCUACCUGCUGCACGGCAACGUGGCCCGGGAGAUCUGGAGAAGAAGAGAAGACCAGGGGAACACCUGGCAUCGCGCCCUGGUGGACUUCACCCCCCAACAUAACUUCAAGCCCACCUGUGAACACCUUCAAGGAGCCCCAGACUGCGAGGUUGCAGACCUGUGUGUGCCAGGCUGUGUGUGUGAGGACGGUUUCAUCCUCCACCAUCAUGAGUGUGUGCCUAUUCACGAGUGUGGCUGUCGAGAUGAGUUUGGAGAUGAUCAUUAUUUUGGAGAGACGUGGUACAGUGCGCACUGCACACGAGAGUGUGAGUGUAAGGAGAAGAAUGGAGAAGGACAGAUGUUGUGCAGGGUCCACGCGUGUGACAGUGACCAGGUGUGUCUGGCAGACACGCUCGGCAAUUACCGCUGCAGGACUACAGGUUUCAGCAAGUGCUCCAUCAAAGACGACCCUGAGUACCGAACCUUCGAUGACCUGAAGCACAGAUUUAAGGGCAAGCACUCAUACGUCCUCAUCCUGACCUCUGACCUGCCCAAGAACACUCCCGAGGUCUACGUAGUGGGCAUUAAUGAGAAAACCCAGAACCAGGAAGACAUGGAGGAAGAUCGUGAUGACAAAGACGCGAUCAGCAGAGGAAGGCGUGAUAAUGAUGAUGAUGAUGAUGAUGACGAUGAGGACGAUGACAACAGUAAAGAGGAUGGAGAAGGCCGUUUCCAUGCUCUCCGAAUCGAAGUGUACAACCACACCGUGGAGCUUCAAGGGCACAGGAGGGUUCUGGUAGAUGGAGUGAGGGUCAGCAUGCCUGUCAUCCCUGCUACCGGUCUAAACAUUCUGGAACAUUCUUCUCGAGUUUAUCUCAAGACAGACUUCGGAUUUUCUGUGGAGUUCAGGGGCAUGGGCAAAGCAGAAAUAACUCUGCCCCAUAUGUAUAAGAGAAAGGUCGCUGGGCUCUGUGGGAACUUCGAUGGCCAGAGAAAAAAUGACCUGAUGAAGCCAGACGCUGUCAGGGCGAAGGAUGUGAAAGAGUUUGGUGAUAGCUGGAGAGUUUAGGACAACACCUCGUCCACUCGGGAGUAGAGCUAGCGAACUCUGAAAUGAAUGAAUUCCCUGAAGGAAAGAAUUUCAUGCCAUUUCUGCUCACACAAAACAAUGUGUGCAAAAAGAUACUACUUACACUACAGCAAAUAAUAUAAUGAUUAUUAUUUCAUGGCAAAAAAUACUUUAGAAAUACGUACAACUUUACUAGAGACGAAAUGCUACUUUAAAGUGCUGAUUAAAUCUUUGGUAGUUUUGUCACAGUUUCAAAAUCUUUACUGUAUACUGCAUCAUUCUUUAUGGACCAAGCAGAAAAGUUUGUGACCUCACUGUUCUAUUUAUAUGUAUGUUUUUGCAUUUCUAGACUACAUUAUUUAAGAUGAAGCUGGUUAAUUUACACAAAAUUUAACUGUAAAAAUGUAUAUGUACAUUAC